AACAAUCAAACCUGAUAUUUGAUUAGGCAUGAAAAUAAUUUGAAUUUUGUAAGGCUCGGAAGAUUAAUUAGUAAAAAACAAAUACAAAAGAUUGUUUUUUUUCAGUAAACAAAUGGAAGUAUAGUGAUGGAUCGAGUCAUGGUUUAAUUUUUUUUUUAUUAAUUGCUCAAUUAUUGGUUCGGUUUGCAAUCUUUUCUGUCAACCUCUGAUCACCCAUCAUGUAAUUCUGACUGUCGGAUUCUCAUUAAUUGUCAAACGCGUUCCAAACAUCAAAAGCUCAAAACUGAUUGAUCAGGACACGUAAUUUAGUGCCGAACACAGGUGAAUGUUUCUCUACAAUAUGACCAAUUCCACAUCUGCAAGUUGUAAAAGAACCGGAGAAGGGGUUUUAGACUUUGAGCACAAGCAACCAAACCACACUCCCACUUGCUUCGUUUCAAUUUUCAAAGCAAUGGCGGCAGGGGUAAGACAUGUAAUUUAAAGCUCAAAUUCUAUACAUUUUCGUCAAUGGCUGCCAGUUUCCUUAACCAUCCAACGGAUUCUCAUUAGUUGUCAAACGCGUUCCAAACAUCAAAAGCUCAAAACUGAUUGAUCAGGACACGUAAUUUAGUGCCGAUCGCAGGUGAAUGUUUCUCUACAAUAUGACCAAUUCCACAGCAGCAAGUUGUAAAAGAACCGGAGAAGGGGUUUUAGACUUUGAGCACAAGCAACCAAACCACACUCCCACUUGCUUCGUUUCAAUUUUCAAAGCAAUGGCGGCAGGGGUAAGACAUGUAAUUUAAAGCUCAAAUUCUAUACAUUUUCGUCAAUGGCUGCCAGUUUCCUUAACCAUCCAACGGCAAACUGACUUUCUAAAAAUAUCAAAUCCCUUGCCUAAUUCGCCUUUGAGUUGCCAACAUUACAUUUGUCCGCACCUGAUGGCUUCCCUUUGCCGGCCAAGACACGUGGCGAACGCCCUUUGACCGCACGAUUUGUACCCAAUAAAUAUUACUAAUUUAAAUGAAAUAAUUUAUUUCUGAAAACAAAUACGAAAAGCGACCACUGUGUAAUAAACUAUACUACAAUUAUCAAAAGCUAAACAAAUUUGCCAUCAGCAAGCUUGCAUCCAUCUCCCGGGAAUCACCACCGGUGAGUGAUUCAAUGGCUGGAGACGAGUCAGUAGCGAGUCUUUACAGAGUCUUAGUGGACCGGUGCCUGAGUUUGGAAGCGAGUCAUGCUAAGUUGAGGGAAGAGUUUGACGAGCUUGUGCAGCAAGAUAAAAGCAAAACAGAUGAGGUGGUGGUGGCGUCAGAUUCAGGCGAUGACACGUCAGAUUCCGGCUCUGUAACGUUGCCUGGGUACUUUUCAACGGGAAGUCCUUUUAGAAACGUGUUGGAAUCCAUUGGACAUGCUGUUCAUGUUUGCUCAGCUGCUUCGGGAAAGAUUACAUUUUGGAAUCGGUCAGCUGAAAAUCUUUUCGGAUGGAGGUCGAAUGAAGUCCUUGGACGAAGAGAUACAGAGUUUCUUAUAGCUGAAGAAUACAAUGCGCCACUAAAGAAAAUUAUGGAGAGAUUGAGCUUUGGGCAAUCAUGGUCAGGUCAGUUCCCUUUCAAGAGGAGGUCAGGUGAAAUGUUUAUGGCGCUGGUGAGCAAAAGCCCAUUAUACGAGGAUGGUCAGCUCACUGGUGUUAUAACAGUUUCCAGCGAUGCAGCUGUUUUUAAUGGUAUAAAUUCAGAGAAUGUGGGAACAUAUCAGGAUCAUGGUAGACUAAAGAGGUUAAAGAUGAAAAGGAUCGAUUUGCAUCCACCACGGCCACAGCUUGCAUCAUCCGUUUCUAUUCUGGCCUCAAGGUUUCUACUCAAGAAACAAGGUGGCAUAAGCAAUGCAUGUAGUAAUUCAAGGGAAAAAGGGGAUGCUGCAAUAAGUACUAAAGACAAGUUAGAGACACGUAAUACAGUAGAAUGUGAAUUUAACUCGAAUUCCCGUGAAGGGAGGAACACAGCUGAAGGAAUAAGCUCUCAAGGGGAUGAAAAUGAAUUCGAUUUUGCUCAACCUUCAAGAAUCACUGCAAAAAUCUUGGCAAAACUUCACAUCAGGGAAACUAGCAACCACAGCAACGAAGAUGAUGAAGGUCUUCAGAAAAAGGGUGCAACUAGUAGAUUGGCAAAGAAUGAUGUGACAGAUGAACAUAACGUUCAUAGAGGUUCAAAGGCAUCAACUCCAAACCACUUCAAUUCUUUCUCUGCAACUGAAAAUGCAAUUUUAAGUGUACGGAAGCACACAAGUCCAGCAUCUGUUGAAGAGAAAUCUGUUGUAGACUCUUUAAGAGAGUGCAAUGGACAUUUUUCAGUAACCAGAAUCGGAGAUUCUACUGCAGGGCUUGUGUGCCAAUUAAAUAAAAACAAAUUGGAGCUAGAGUCUCCUAAUAUUAAUGCUUUAGAGAUGGAAGAUGAAUUACAAGAGCACACAGACGGUAAAAACGUAUCAAGUUUAGGGGAGAGCAUGGGCAGCGAAGGAACUUCAUCGAGUAAAGGGGAUAAUGAGCCAAACUCUAUGGUUGAUUGUGAUAUUCUCUGGGAAGACCUACAUUUGGGGGAGGAGGUUGGACAAGGCUCAUGUGCAAUUGUUUAUCGUGGAAUUUGGAAUGGAUCAGAUGUUGCCGUUAAGGUCUAUUUUGCAGGUGAAUACAAAGAGUCAACAUUACUAGAUUACAAAAAAGAGAUUGAUAUAAUGAGAAAACUGAGACAUCCAAAUGUACUGCUGUUCAUGGGAGCAGUGUACUCACAAGAGCGGCCUGCAAUUGUCACAGAGUUCUUGUCUAGGGGAAGCCUUUUCAAAACACUUCACAAGAAUAAUCAAGCAUUGGACGUUAGAAGGCGUAUGAGGAUGGCCCUUGAUGUUGCUAGAGGCAUGAAUUAUUUGCAUCAUAGGAAUCCGCCAAUAGUGCAUAGGGACCUGAAGUCUUCCAACCUCCUUGUUGAUAGAAAUUGGAAUGUCAAGGUUGGAGACUUUGGCCUGUCAAGGUGGAAAAAUGGAACUUUCUUAACCACAAAGUCUGGAAGAGGAACACCCCAAUGGAUGGCCCCAGAAGUCCUCAGGAAUGAACCUUCAAAUGAAAAGUCUGAUGUAUUCAGUUUUGGAGUUAUCUUGUGGGAAUUAAUGACUGUCUCCAUUCCAUGGAACAAUUUGAACUCUUUACAGGUAGUUGGAGUUGUAGGCUUCAUGGAUAGGCGAUUAGACCUACCAGAAAGCGUUGAUCCUCAGGUAGCAUCUAUUAUCCGUGACUGCUGGAAAAGUGAUCCAGAAAGCCGACCAUCUUUUGAAGACAUAAUCAAUAAAAUGACAGGUAUUGUCCCGAAAUCUGCAACAGGGUUGUCUCGACGGAGCUCAGAGUGUUGAAUCUGCAAUGGGCUUAGGACCAAUGUUACUUCCUCACUUAUUGGAUAGCUAUACUUGGGCAGUUAGGCUGCAGAAGAAAUCAAACAAAUCAAAUGUACAAAUAACUUGGUAGCUUGUUCUUAACUUUCCUCGCCCCAUUUUGAAAGAAAAAUAGGGAAAGGGGAGGACCCGGAGGGGUUGAAAUGUAAGAUUUUGAAGUAUUUUUUUUUAAACAAAAACGAAGUUACAAUAAUUUUUGGAUUUGGGAAGAUUGAAUUAUGCUCCAACCAAUUGAAUCCAAUGUUUUGGGGUGCAACAAAGCUAUAAUAAUUAAAACAUGGUUUUUGUCCGGAAGUCUGUCAAUCCUAAUAUAAACUGAACAAAAUGUAAAAUGGCAUAAUAUUCAAUGCAGGCCCAAGAGGGUAGAACAAAACCAAAAGGGCUCAAACCUCAUUACACAACCAAUCGGUCUUUAACUACUUCAGACAGAACAUGUACUUGAG